AUGAGUGGCCACGACGACGGUGGAAUCGACUUUCAACUGUACCGCUAUACGCCAUCCCUUGUCGCAGCAAUAAUUUUCAUUGUUCUAUUCACCCUAACAACCGCGCAUCAUCUCUGGCAAACUGUUCGCGCGAGAUGCUGGUACUUUUUGGUCUUUGUGACUGGUGGAAUAUUCCAGAUAAUAGGGUACAUCUGUCGCGCGCUCGCGCAUUCUAAUAAGGAAUCCGUACCCAUCUAUUCCGUGGGAACUAUUUUGAUUCUUCUUGCGCCCCCUCUUUACGCUGCUUCGAUAUAUAUGACUCUGGGCCGCCUCAUCGGAUAUCUUGAUGCAGAGAAACUCAGUCCAGUAUCGACCAAAUGGCUGACCACAAUCUUCGUCAUGGGCGAUGUGAUCGCAUUCCUGGCACAAGGAGCAGGCGGUGGAAUCAUGGCAAUGGGCACCGUCAGCGCUAUGAACACGGGUGAAAACGUCACAAUCGCAGGUUUAUGCGUGCAACUCGUAUUCUUUAGCAUCUUUAUCAUUGUUGCGACCAUCUUCCAUUAUCGCCUUCGCAAGAAUCCAACUUCCAGAUCUACCGGAGCCUCCCUCUUUCCUCGCAGCUGGCGCGAGGCUACCUGGGAAACUGUGAUGUUGGGUCUAUAUGGCGCGAGUGUUCUGAUCCUCAUUCGGUCGAUCUUCCGGUUGAUCGAGUAUGCGCAAGGCAACGAUGGGUACCUAAUUAGCCAUGAGGUAUUCAUGUAUGUGUUCGACGCGACGCUGAUGUUCAUCACAAUGGUGGGGAUGAGUUUCUUCCAUCCUUCAAAGGUUUUGAGUCCGUUGGCGAAGGCGGAAGCGCCUUUAGACAGGUCCUACACGAUGACCACCCAGCUAUGCGAUGAAUCUGUAUGAUAUGAAUGCUUGGUAUUGAAUCUGGGAUACUUGUUGCACUGUUUGUUGUACAUAACGCGGUAGAUUAAAUUUGAUUUCUGAACAGUCCUGCUUCAACAUGAAGCUAUCACCAGCAGAGCUUCAAUAUUCCUACAUUUGGGAUCACACUAACCACCACCACGGCAUAGUCUAUACUUCAAGAGGCGCCAUCCAAACUGACUCUACCGAAAAGCGCUGCCUCACACCAGCGAACACUCGCCCACACCAAACUAUACGGACCCUAACCCGAACACGAGAGUCUAACAACACACCA